AUGUAUUUGAAACCCAUCCUACCUUUCGUAGUCCUACCUUUCCUGGUCAGCGCACUGCCCCAGCCACUGCGUACCGCAACAAUUCCUCUCAAUAAGCGGUCCAGCCUCAGGAAUGCUGAUGGGACCGUUGACCUGGACGCUGUCCAUGCUCACAUAUCAAGAGUCGAAUGGAAAAUACAGCGAGGUUUUGAAGCCUAUGGAGAGAACGCAGGCGUCGAAUUUCCUCAGACAAGACCUCAAGUUGCGAAACGUGUCUCAGGUUCUAUCCCUCUAAUUGACGAUAGUAAUGACCGCUGGUAUGGGAGCAUAUUAGUUGGCACUCUUCCUUCUUUGUAUACUGUUGAUUUCGAUACAGGAAGUAGUGAUUUGUUUUUGCCUGGUCCAGAAUGCGGGUCAACUUGUGGCGGGCAUACACUAUAUAGCCCAAAUGCAAGCUCUACGAGCAAAGAUCUAGGACGGACAUUCAGUCUUUCUUAUGGGGAUGGCUCUACAGUCUCAGGAGAGCAAUAUUCUGACUCUGUUCAAAUCGCAGGAUACACUGCUACAUCUCAGACCUUAGGUGUCGCCAACCAAUACUCCAGUAGUUUUACUAAAAGUCAGUUUCCUCCUGAUGGCUUGAUGGGCAUGGCUUUUCCAAUACUCUCGGUAUAUGGUGCCAAUCCUGUCUUUCAAACGCUUGUGUCAGAAGGAGUUCUCCCCGAGCCAGUCUUUGCCUUCAAACUUGCAUCUUCUGGCUCGGAAUUGUGUAUCGGUGGGACGAACCCAAGUCUGUACCAAGGCUCUUUCACAUACACACCUGUAACUUUUGCGGCGUACUGGCAGAUCAACAUAGAUAGUCUAAAUGCAAACAAUGCGCAGAUUAUCGGUGGCGUGUCGGGCAUCAUCGAUACUGGAACUACACUCAUCGUUGCCAACACCUCCAACGUCAAUCAAUUUUACAGUGCUCUUAAUGGAACAGAUGUGGGGGGUGGCUCGUAUACGUUGCCUUGCGAUUCCAUGCCUUCUAUUAGUAUAACGCUAGGUGGUACAUCAUUCACCAUGUCGCCUGACACGUUCAAUAUCGGUGCCUACGACUCCACCGGUGAGGCUUGUGUAGGAGCUGUCUCAGCUAAUGAUGGUAUCGGAGACUUCUGGGUUCUUGGCGAUGCCUUCCUGAGGAACGUCUAUACUGUUUUCGACGUUGGAAAUUCGCGGGUGGGAUAUGCCCAGCUGGCCUAA